AAAUUGCUAAUUAGACUUUUAAAAUCGUUCAAUUCUAAGUUUUCCUGUUCAUGAAUAAAUUAUUUUGUAAUCUGAUAAAUUACAAAAAUAUUCAGUCUUGUAUUCUACCAUUGUUCGUCAAAGCAAAUAUUUCACACGAUAUUUGCUUAUCCACUGUGACUUUUGUAGAAUUGUCCAAAAUUGAACAUCAAAGAAUAUUUCAUAUAUGCAGAAAAAUAGGAAUCAUGUCGAAGAACGAACAGGAAAGGCCCAGUAAGAGUAUUGAGGGCAACAACGAAGAAGCUAAGAAGAGCAACAAAACCUCUAAGAAAAAGAAAAUAAGUCUCACAACGUCACUUCGAUCUUAUGAUGGUCCAGUUAAAUCUUUUAUAAGAGCUGUUCAACGUGGUUCACCAACGACAACCACAUUUAUUGAGGAGAGGGAACUAAUCGAGCUGAAUAUAAUGGAGAGGGAUGAUUCUCAAAGAAAUGCCUUUCAUUAUGCUGUAUCGAAGCCAAAUACAUUAAAAGAUCUUCUAAAAGUAUUUGAAAAUACUAUGGACAUUGGCGAAGCUUUACGACAAGCGGACAAGGCAGGAGAGCUCCCAAUCCAUCGGGCAGCCGUACUGGGAAUCAUUGAGUCUUUAGAAAUGCUUUGUACAUAUGACGAUACGUUGCUGUGGUUGAGAACGACGAGAAGAAAUGAAUCUGUACUUCAUUCAGCUGUGAAAUCAAAGUCCCUCCUUGUUGUAAAAUAUGUUCUUACGUAUUUUCAUAAGGAAGAUCCUCAAUUCGUCAAUGCUGUUGACAAUAUGCUUCAAUCGCCAGUUCAUUACGCAGCUGCAUUUAAGCAAUCUAAUGUCUUGGAACUUUUGUUAUCGAACGGAUGUGAUUCUACAUUGAUAGACACCAAUGAUCAGAUACCACUGCACAUUGCCUGCAGUAAAGGAAUUCUAAAAAAUGUCCAGCUACUUGUGCAAGAUCAUCCUGAUAGCAUCGAUGUUGUUGAUUAUCUUGCCCAAACACCUUUGAUACUUGCCGCUAAAUAUGGCUUUCCAAAUGUGGUUUCGUAUUUACUUGGUAUGAAAGCCAGUUGUGCUCUGAAAGACAAAACCAAUUUUACUGCAUUUGAUUGGGCUUUGCAACGUAAUCUGCCUGAUGUUGUGCAAUGCUUUCUUAAUACAUCCAACUGGAAAAAGAUUUUGAAAGAGUCCGAAAAUGGUCCAGAAAGCUCUCUGUGUGCUAUGAUCACCGGUAUGCCAGAGACGGCCAAGUUGCUGUUGGAUAAAUGUAUUGAAACGAAAGAAUGCGAUAGUGGUGGUUGCAUCACAAUUUAUGAUUUCUUUUGUCUUGAAUCAAAAGACCGUAACUGUUCGGGUCCGAGGUUUGCAGCCUUACAACGAAUGACAAUAGAACCUUGCGAGAUUUGCCUACGCCAUCCAGUUUCAAAGAAAUAUGUUGAUGUAAAGUGGGGGAGACGUGGUUUUAAAUGUGUCGCUACCAUAUUGUUGUUAACUCUGAUUUUCCACAUAUCACUCCUACUUUAUACUUCCUUCGUCGUCGGCGUGGUCGACUCACGCAGAUUAACUCACUGGACAGGAGGCAAAAACAUGACGAUUACAGAAAUGGAGCGGGACAAUCGAGCACCCAAUUCGUCAGGUUUGGUGGUUCUUCGAGUUGUUAUGCUGCUAAUAGCAUUUUUUUCAUCAAUAAAAGAGAGUAUUCAGAUUAUUGCGGAGCGUUUGAGAUAUUUCAGGGACAUUUAUCAUUGGUACAGACUUGCCCAAAUUAUUUGUGUGACUGUGUAUUUGCUUCAUUCCAGUCAUAAUCUGGCUCCCACACAAAUUGGAUUUGGUGCAGUCACGUGUUUGUUGUCAUGGGUUAACGUCAUCCAGUUUUUGAAGCUUACCCCUAUGUUUGGGAUAUACGUCAUUGUUGUGGAAAAAGUGUUCUGGACUCUCGUCAAGAUGUUUGCUGUGAUUACUGUAUAUGUACUGAUGUUCUCCACGACAUUUUACAUCCUCCUCACAGAACACUCCGUAUUUAGAAACAUGUACAUAUCGUUCUUCUCGACAUUCAUUGCUAUGAUGAACGGCUUGGAUUACGAUGAAUAUUUCUUAAAAAAGGGAAUGUAUCCUCAGUUAUUUCACCUUAAACUCUUUGUUCUUCUCUUGUUUUUCUUGGCAUUGUCCAUCGUGGUUCAAAAUGUACUUAUUGGCUUAGCUGUUGGUGAUACACACGAAGUAAUGAAAUUGGCAAGCUUUGAUAAAUUUGUUAGACGUGCAAAGUUUGUUAUCAGACUUGAGAGAGCAUUGAAUAAAAUACCGUGCUUUCGUUCCGAAGAAGAUGCAACUUGCACUUAUUUUUCUAAGGGAAAAAAGAAUUUGCGCCAGACCUUGUUUGAUCAAUUAAUUUAUUUCGACACCGAGAUGGACGAAGUUGAUCACGGAGAUGAAGAUACUUAUCAUGAUCAUGAAUUUGAGGUGACGUUAGAGGAUCAUAUUGAGAAUGCGGUUGAAAUGAAAAUAGAUAAUCUUCGUUCUUCAUUAUUGGAUGAAGUGAAAGCAAUGAAAUGUGACUUGAAUGAUAAAAUAGAAGCAAAAAUUGAUAAACUUUUGCAGAAGUUUGAAGAAGAGCGUUGAAUAUUUUAUGAAUAAAUGAAUAUUUUAUGUCCAA